ACCUGGGCAUUCGUAGUUCCGGGUGCGUCCGGCAUGGCGAAAGCGGCCAAGUGCGCCAAGGUGGAGGAGGAGGAGGCGGCGGGUGACUCGGGUGCCCUCUCCGCUUUCCUGGGCUGGUGCGCCGACGCGGGUCUGGAGCUGAGCGCUAAGGUCAGUGUGAGCAGAGAGGGCACAGUAGCUGAUUAUGGCUUGGUGGCCAGGGAAGACAUUGAGGCAGGAGAAGUCCUUUUCACAAUCCCAAGAACGGCAGUCCUUUCGCAGUACACAAGCCCCCUUUCUUCCCUACUAGAGAAAGAGCAAGCCUCUCUGGAGAGUCAGUCCGGCUGGGUUCCACUCCUGCUUUCUUUGCUUCAUGAAUCCACAGCCAGUGAUUCUCGUUGGGGGCCUUAUUUGUCACUGUGGCCUAACUUCAGGGGUCUGGAUCACCCCAUGUUCUGGAGUAAAGAAGAGCGGAUGAGACUUCUGCAAGGAACAGGGAUCCCAGAAGCUGUGGACAAGGACUUGGCCAAUAUCCAGACAGAGUAUUCCUCCAUCAUCCUGCCUUUCCUGAAGGCCCACCCAGAUAUAUUUGACCCUGAGGUGCACACUCUGGAGCUCUACAAGAAGCUGGUGGCCUUUGUCAUGGCAUACAGUUUCCAGGAGCCUUUGGAUGAAGAAGAGGAAGAUGAGGAGGAGCCCAAUCCCCCAGUGAUGGUGCCCAUGGCAGAUCUCUUGAAUCACGUGGCUGACCACAAUGCCAAUUUGGAAUAUUCGCCGGAGGUAUUGAAAAUGGUUGCAACUCAGUCCAUCUGCAAAGGCCAAGAGAUCUUCAACACUUACGGGGAGAUGGCAAACUGGCAGCUCCUCCACAUGUAUGGCUUUGCUGAACCGUAUCCUGGCAACACAGAUGAUUCUGCUGACAUCCAGAUGCUGACACUAUGCAAAGCAGCACUGCAAGCUACAAAGACAGAAGCUCAACGGCAGCUGGUCUUGGAGCAGUGGGACUUCCUCUGCCAGAUGGAGAUGGUGGGUGAGGAAGGGGCUUUUGUGAUCGGCCGGGAGAGAGUCUUAACUGAAGAAGAGCUGGCCAUGGCGUUGAAGGUGCUGACUAUGUCUGCAGAUGAGUUCAAGGAGUUUAAGGAGCAAGAGACCCAGGAACCCAAAGCAGGCGAGGAUGGUGCUAUGUGCCUGAUGCUCUCAAAUACUACAAUACCAAGACUUGAAGCCUCCUGGAAGAAGCUGCUCUUUGAUGCUACACUGCUAACCCUGAAGUCAUACAGCUCAGACUUAAAAGCAGAGGAAGAACUGCUCAGAGACCCUCAAGCUUAUUCAAAACUAAGCAGCCGGGAGAAGUUCGCCCUGCAAGUGCGUUAUGGCCAGAAGAUGAUCUUGCACCAGUUGCUGGAGCUAGCAAGCUAGCUGCAGCUGAGGAAGGCAAGUGCUGUUGGCCUGGGAGGCUUAGCUAAAGGUUUCUAUAAAGGCAGAGGCAUUAUUUUUAUAUAAAAAUGUGUUUCUGUGAGCAUCAAUUACAUCAACAGGUAGCAAAAGACAAUAAUAUGUGUUUGUUUCUGAAUCUGAAGGACAUAACAGUAGGAAAUAUGAUCCCAUAGGAGGGCAAACCUCUUCCUAGUGUUGUUUCUGAGAAAUUGGAGCAUGCAGGCCACAAGCCUUCAUUGUGGCUUGCUUCUUAAUUGGUACUCCAGGAGAUGCUGUCUCUGCACAAGACACUCCAUUUAGGUGGCAUGUCAUAGUGCAGCUACUGUGGCCUUCAGUAAUUUUAUCUAAUUCACUCUUUAGCCAUAUGAGCCAGUAGUGCCUGCCAAUUCAAUAAAUGUGUUUGAAGCUCC